AUGAAAGUACUGUUAGUGUUGAGUUUUGCGGUUUUAAAUAUCGCGAGUGAUAAUAGUGCUGAGGAAGACGUAAUAAACAUGUGCAGUAAUUCUUCCAGCUAUGAAAGUUACACGAAGAACAUCACACAAAACUGUGGCUGUGAAAAGAACAGACCGUGCAUCAGGAAGUGCUGCCAGAAAGGUUUUUAUUUACAACACUACGAAGAUGCGUUCGAGAACGUGUUCGAGAGCGUUUGUAUCAAGAAGGAAUCUCAUUCCUUCAACUUGCCCAUAUAUACCAGACGCGAAAAUAUUUAUAAUUUGACCCUAGAGGAUAAUUUCAUGAUUGGUAUGCUGAACUGUGAGAACGACGAUUGGCAGUAUUUCAAAAUGAACAACAGUGACAUAAGAGAAAGGGUAUAUAUACAGGAGAAUGGCAGUUUGUAUUAUCCUGCUUCCCGAUAUAAAAUCUACGACAGCAGCAGGUAUUGUGUUGAUGAAGAGGAUGGUCUGACGAUUAUUUUGUGUUACACGAGCACACAACCGAGCGUAUGUGCCUUGAGAAUAGUUAACUCUGUAGGCAGGAUUAUAUCUAUACCAUUUUUGCUAAUAUCAUUCUUAGUGUUUGCAAUUAUACCCGAGUCAAGUCUUCAUAAGAAAGCUCUAAUGAGUUAUGUCUUGACGUUAUUCCUUGCCUAUACAUUUCUGCUAAUAGUACAACUUUAUCCUGAGAAGUUCGAUGAAAACUUUGUAUGUCCUGCGCUAGGAUAUUUUAUAAUAUUUUUCUUCUUAUCAUCAUUCUGUUGGAUGAACGCUAUGUGUCUUGAUAUGUGGUUUGCUUUUAGAGAUAUGAGAGACAUUACUGGCAGAAAGCUUACAGAGAGAAAAAGAUUUUUAAUGUAUUUCGCCUAUGCUGUAGUUGUCCCAUUUUUGCAUAUUCUAGUUGUAUUUUUAAUAAACAAAUUCGGCGAAAAAGGAUCAGUUUAUUUUCCAGGAAUUGGUUAUGGAAAAUGUUUCGUGGGAGAUGGUUUACCAGAUUUGUUGUACUUCUAUGGGCCGAUGGCGAUUCUGAUUAUUGUAAAUGUCACUUUAUUCAUUUUGACCGCUGUAAAGAUCCAAAGAAUUAAGAAGGAGACUUCCAUGCUGAAACAAUCCGAUAGCAAGAGGCACUCUUAUGAAGAUGACAAAAAGAAAUUUAACCUGCAUGUGAAGUUGCUAUUCGCCAUGGGUAUUACCUGGACUGUGGAUAUAAUAGCAUGGGCUAUUAAGUGGCCAGGUGGUUGCGAGUCUGACUGGUGUCUUUUGCAUUUCUGCAAUGCUAUAUACGGCAUAUUCAUUUUCUUCAUAUUCGUCUUCAAGAAGAAGAUCUUGCAGUCCCUUAAAAAACGGUACUACGAAUUAAUUGGAAAAAAUCCCAAACAACUCGGUCCAGUAACUACUCCCCCACGAAAAUUGGCCUCAGCGACCACUGUUCAAGUGAAUUCAACAACGGAAGAUGAAAGGAAAGAAUGUUGCAUCAAAAUUAAAUUGUGUUUUACUUAGUGAUAACAAGGUGUCAUAGUUUAUUUAAAUUUUCCUCUUUAUGUUUUAUUAGACAUUUUUACUUAUCACAAAGUACAACAAUUAAUGAUUUUGUACUCAAAUAAA